AUGUCAUUACUCGAUAAUUGUAUUGUACGUUCGAAUUUGUUACAAGGGAGUUUAGAUGUGUUGAACAAUAUUAAUGAUGAUUAUAAUGGCAGGCCGUUAAUCAUGCUUACAACAUGUACAAAUUAUAUUCUAUCUUCGAUUAAUACAGUUAGAGGUAAGUUUAACACUUUGGACAAUUUACGAAGAGAUUUCAAUGCGACUGCGCAUGCAAAUACAAAUUCAAAUACGAAUGUCAAUGUAAACACAACAUCCACUUCAGGUGUGUAUAAUAAUGGUAGUUUACUGAAUCAUGAACGGAUCAUUGGUGCAAAUUAUGAUGGUGUGUUUAGCAACAUGGCUGUGAAGCCAACUGAUUUAUAUGACCAAGAUUUAAUUGCAAAAGGUAUUUUACCUGAAUACGAAAAUGUUGUCGAUGACAUGGCUCCAUUGUAUGAAGAUGAUGAAAGAAAUUUCUUGAUGGAUGACUAUGAAAACAAUGGAAUACAGGAUGAUUAUGAACAGGCCUUACCCAAUGGAGAAAUAUUAAUCUACAAUCUACCCACUGGGACUUUAGUCAAUUUUCUAUGGAAUUUAAUUAUUAGUACAAGUUUCCAAUUUAUUGGUUUCUUAAUCACGUAUUUCUUACAUAAUUCACACGCUGGUAAAAAUGGUUCCCGAUUUGGUUUGGGACUAACCUUUAUUGGAUAUUCGUAUUCAAUGUUGCCCAAAAGAGAGUUAUCAAAGUCAGUAGGUAGUAGUACUGCAGGAUCGCGCAAUGGUGAAGAAUUAAUGAGGAUUAUAGUUGAAAACCCUAAUGAGAUCGAUGAUCUCCUGAUAAAAAUGGACCCAGCUACUUCUAAAUUCGAUCAUUUUAGUUCUGAUCUGGUAAUAAAUACAACACCAACCUUUAAUAUUACCACUGCAUCAAGUACUGUCAGUUUAAAGACCAUAUACGAUAUACCUCUAUUAUCCAUUGUCAUAGGAGCACUAGGAUUGUUUAUCUUAUUAAAAAGUGUUCAUGAUUAUGCUAAGGUCAAAAAAAUGGAAAGAAAUUAUAAAGAACAAUUCCAAGCAUGA